UAAGGACGGGAGGAGGACAUCACGGUGAAAACGUAGAAACUGCGAAGCAGCGCAAUUUUUUACACGCCGAGAUUUGGUUUCACCGCUGCGGCAAAAUCACCCCCGUGCGCCCGACGCGGCAGAUGACUAUGCAGGGUACAGCGUUAAAGUGCCGGAUGUCUACCUGACAGGCCUGGCCGAGGUCUGGACCGUUACUCGGGAGGAGAAAUUUAUUUCUUCUUAUGGGAGAAGCAUGCGGGAAAUGGUCGGAGGCUGCUGCGUGUGUUCCGACGAGCGAGGCUGGGCUGAGAACCCGCUGGUGUACUGUGAUGGACACGGCUGCAGCGUCGCCGUUCACCAAGCGUGCUACGGCAUUGUCCAGGUUCCCACCGGCCCGUGGUUCUGUAGGAAGUGUGAGUCACAAGAACGAGCAGCACGAGUAAGAUGCGAUCUCUGUCCCCACAAGGAUGGAGCCCUUAAAAGGACAGACAGUGGCGGCUGGGCCCACGUAGUGUGCGCGCUCUACAUCCCUGAGGUGCAGUUUGCCAACGUUCUCACCAUGGAGCCCAUCAUCCUGCAGUAUGUCCCACAUGAGAGAUACCUUAAGACGUGUUACAUCUGUGAGGACCACGGAAGGGAGAGCAAGGCGGCCUGUGGAGCCUGCAUGACCUGCAACAGGCAGGGCUGCAGACAAGCUUUUCACGUUACCUGUGCUCAGAUGGCUGGUCUGCUGUGUGAGGAAGAAGGCCCAGAAGCUGACAACGUUAAAUACUGUGGUUACUGCAAGCAUCACUACAACAAAAUGCAGAAGAAGUUGCGCUCAAGCGAAAAUGCUAGUAGCUCCUUCAGUCAUCCCAGGGGGCGUUCCAGUUCUCCAUCACAGGAAAAACAUCACCACCAUAAACAGAGGAAGAGUCAUAAAGACAAGAUUCGUCAGAAAGAGCGGCACAAGAAGUCUUCAGACAGCCUGACCUCCUCCAUAACAACAAGCAGUAUAGAAAAGAUAUCUUCAACACAUCAUAGCAGCAAAGAUGGCGAAGGGAAGCCGAAGAAGCUGAGCUCCCACAGUCAUGGUCACCGGAGUAAGAAGACGGGGAGCACCGGGAAAAGCUGCUCUUCCUCCUCCUGCUCCUCCAGCCCGUUCAACACCGGCGGAUCCCUGUCAGCCACUCAGGAUUUCCAUCAGUUCUCAUCUUCCUCUCGCUUGGAGCGCGAGCACGAUCGUGGAGGCGACGACCACAACGGAGAGAAACGCAAAGAGCGCCACAGGAGGUCUGCAGUGCAGGAUGAGGAGGAGGAAGAAGAGGAAGAGAAAGAUGACAAAGAUGAAGAAGAGGAAGAAGAAGAGGAGGAAGACUGUAAAUACCAAAAGCCCCCCGCGUUGACCCCAGCUGAUUGCCCCCUCGCAGGGUCUCAAAGCCACGAACGGACAGAGAGCAACUCGAGCCCCUUCGAGAACAAAGUCACCAUCUCCACCUUUGGCUCCAUCAUGCGCAUCACUUCCUCUUCAGGGUUGGGCAGCACCUGCAAAAUCCGCAAAAUUUCCUCCUCGAGCGACUACAAGCCCUCCAAAUCCCUCACAAAGCCGUCUCAGGUCAGCGCACCUCCCGUCCUGGAGGACGCCAGCAUGAAGGACAAGAUCGCGCCCCCGCCGCUGCCCCGAGAACGGAGGCACCAUAGCAACAAGAAGAGCCGCCACGGCCCGGGGCGCCCACGUGGGAGCAAGAACCGAGAGCGGAGGGAUGAGGACCAUCACCACCACCAUGGAGACGCACCAGCGCCGCCCCCCCCAGCCUUGAGUUCCUCUCUCUACCAGAGUCCAUCAUCAUCGUCCCACCCUGCUUUCCCUUCCACGCUGCCUCCGACCUCCUCUACAACCUCUUCUUCCUCCUCUGCUAGGAGUUUUUCUGCAGGUCGCAGCAACUCUUUGCUUGGCUCCGGUAUCUACUCCAGUCUCAAGGAUCCUCUCACGCUUGGUGGCGGAGUCUGCAGCACGCCUCUCUCCCUCAGUGGAGGAGUGUGCAGCACCUCCUUGUCCCUAGGAGGAGCAAUGUGUAGCACUCCUCUCUCCUCAGGACUGCUUUCAUCUCACGGCUCCUCACUCUCUCUUCCUUCUGUCAGCGCUGUUUCAAACACGCAGGUCCAUUCCAGCUCCAGCGCCUCCUACAGUCUGAACUCCUCUCAGCCUUUCGCCAGCUGUCUCUCCACAGCCUCAACACUGCCGCCACUACUGAGCCAAGGCCAGACCUCAUUGCCAGAGUCCGACAUUGAUGACUGCCGCUUCCACUGUCAGGGAAACUCGCCGAGAGAGAGUCUUUCCUCACAGUCUCCCAUGAGCUGUCUUCCUCUCCUGUUUGACCAGAGAGACGGACUGGGCUCUGGAGUCAGAGCCCGUCCUGAGAACGUUCCCCCCGCAAGCUCCCACAUUGAGCUGCUGUUGGAGAAACAUGGAAACGGAGAGAUGGGGGUCAACAUUGUGGAGAUGUUGAAGUCGCUGCACUCGCUGCAGCAGGAGAACCAGCGCCUCCAGGACCAGAUCCUCAGCUUGACAGCAAAGAGGGAGCGGCUGCAGCUGCUCAACACUGAGCUGGCGGUGCCUUUCCAGCCCCACAUCCACACCAUACCGGGCCUGCACUCAUCCUCUCAGAUCAGCUUUCUGUCAUCUUCUCAAGAACCCCUGAGCACCAAUAAGAGUCCCCUCUCCAAAAGCUGCUUCCUGAAUGACACCUCCUUUGUUACCUCAUCUGAGGAGCUCCACUCUAAUAGUCCGUCCCGCAGCAGUUCGUCGCUCUCCUUCCAGGGUACCCCCCCUCCUCAACAGAGUCCCGCCUCCUUCGGCCAGCCCCUGCUGAACGGUUUGAACCGAGGGCCCAGCGACGCUUUGGGGAGCAUCAGUCAGUCCUCUGCUCUGCCAGUGGGUGGGCUCAUUGCGUCCAUCACAGGGAGCCCGCAGCUGAACAUGAACGGUGUCCUGGGUGGUCUGAACGGCGUGAUCCAGUCUCCGGUGCAGAGCGCUCAGCAGCCGUCGCUCCCCGCCCUGCGUCCCCAGCCGCCUCCACUCAACCCCCAGGCGCUGGCCCAGGGGUUUCAACUUCCUAAGAACGUGAGCCCGUCUUCUUUUCUGUCUGAGCAGCAGAAGCAGCUUCUGUUCGAGCAGCAGCAGCAGCAGCUCCAGCAGUUCCUAACCUCACAGAACUUCACACCGGAGCAGCAGGCGAUGGUGUGCCAGAUGCUGCAGCAGCAGAGACAGAGGGAGCUGCAGCGCCUCACGCUGACGGGAGCGCUCAAUUCAACCCCUAACUCGCCCUUGAUCUCCCAGUCGCCCAACCUGUUGUCAUCGGCAACCGCGUCUCCCCUACAGGGGAGCCAAGCGGGGGGUCUCUUUGGUCUGCAGGACAAUGUGCUCCACAAACCUGGGGUGAGUAUUGCUGCAGGAUUUCAUAACGUGUUGAACCCCAUCGUGGUUCAAGCCAACAAGCCAUGAUUGUGAUUUUGCUCCAGAGGAUUAAUACUAUGGCUGCUGCAAUGAGUCAAUAUAAUCAAGCCUCAAACCUUUCUGAAAGAAAACAGGCAUAUUCAUUCAUCUUCUUCUGACAUGUGAAUGUUUGUUCUGUUGUUUUUUUAAAGCUGCAGUGAUGCACAAAAAUCCUUGUUGUCUGACCUCUCUGAAAUAGAGUAAUAUCUUUUCUAUUAUCAGAUCUAUCCUCCAACAUCAAUCAGGGUUUCUACAGAGGCUGAAAUUUGAAUUUUAUGUUGAUUUCUAUUUCAGGAUAAGAGAGAAAAAGAAGAGAAUAGAAGAAUUAGUUUUCCCAGACUUUAUUCCUUAUCACCCUGUCCACAUGUUUUCUCUUACCUCCAUUUUUUUUCUCACUCUUGUAAAUGUUUUUCUUUCAUUCUUAAGCCUAAAUAUACAAAUAACAUGAAUUAUGGUUCACAUUAAAGCAAAUGUUACUAUUGCAUGUAUUAACAAAACAAACUUCUUUUUAGCAGGACCAAGAGAGAAAUGCCUUUGUAUAGUGAAAAAAUUAUACACUGGUUCUUUUAUAAGUCCAAACGACUUGCCAGAGGUGAUUCUACUUAAAGGUUACAGAAUACAAAUCCACUAAAUAGUUCAAAAAAUAAUAAUAAUAAAUAAGACAUUCUAAAUAAUUCUUGCUAUUUAAUUGCAUUCUGAUAUUUUUUCCCCCAGACAGCAGGAGAGAAGGCAGGAGACAAGAACGGCUGAAGUGUUUUUUCCCCGUUGCUUCCUGUCCAGUUCGGAUGACGACGUCCCGUCAGAAUCGCCGGUUUCUGUGAAGUUCUGGGCUCUCAAGUCUCACCUUCCUCUGUCAUCUUCAUCUGACAAACUUCUAUGAAUGUAAAACGUGACAUUAAGGUGAAGUUUUUUUUGUGUUUUGAAGCUCUUCAUAUUAGAGGUCCAUCUUAAGGUUUUUAUCUUUGUCAUUUAGGCAGCUUUCAGAGAGCAUGACUACAGUGGUCUCUUCUUUAAAUUGCACUAUUUUGUUAGCUUGACCAAUGGGGGCUGCUUAUGAAGCUCACUGCUGCAGGAGCCGGGUGGGCUUUUUUAUUUUGACGUUUGAUAUGAAGGUCAAGAGUUUGGCUCUGACUACUCGAGCACUGACAUCUCCCUCCGCCGCGCAAACCAGCACUUCCAGUCAGUCCGCGAGGAAGCACUUCCGGCAACCUCCCGCUGUCUUCCUCGAUAUAUUUCGUCUUCCCGUUUGCGUUCACCCUGUUUCGUCCUCAUCCUUUGAACAUUUCGGCCUCGCGCUGGCACUUAAGUAUAAGAUGUAGUCAAGUUGGUGUGUUGUUAGUGGCGUUUCCUCAUGAAGCUAGUUAUUACCUCAAACUUUCUGCCAGCUGUACUCCGUUGUUUAUUUUGUGCAAAGUCAUUACCGUAGCAGCCUUCAGUGGAUAGGAAUGACCAACUAAAAAAAAAAACAAACAAAAAAAAACGUGGCACUCACUCGAUUUUAACUUUGAAAAAUAAAAAGCAGCAUGCCGUCAACAAUGAGGGGCGUCUGCUUUUUCGUUCCAUCCCACGAUGAGAGUUCCUUCCGUCUUUUAUAUCCUUCCAGUUGCUGUCGAGAUUAAACAGACGAAACCAAAUUAUUUGGGAAGGUAAUCAUUGGUUUUCCUGAACGAGUGUGCAUGUUUAGUCAUCCACAGACUCCCUUCUGAAGGAUGCUCAGUGGGCCACCACGAACUGAAGAGGUUUAUGACUUGUGAGUAUUUUUGCACUCUUGUCCUGAAGUUCUUUGUUACCUUCACACAUGGAUAACUCUUAACUAGCUCUUCUUUUAGCAAUACUGGAUAGAUAAUGCCUUAAUAAAUGGGGUAGAUUUACAGGGAGAGCCCGCAGCCCUCAGGCUCACUCUGUCCUCUUUGUCUUUGAUAGGUUUUGUUUUUAACUCGGGCACAUGGAGGCUUUUAUUGUUUGUUUUUAAAUGAACUUCUUAAACUCAUUUAUACUUUUGAUAGCUGACUGAAGAUUUCAACAGUGAAAACUUGUGAAUAACCGUAUGGUCAAGUGUCAAAUCAUUUUCUAUUGUGACUUUUGUGUUCACACGCAGAGCUCUUUAGUUUAUUGUUGUGCUUCAGAAGACUGAGAAACGAUAAUUUGUAGCACAUGUUGCAGUCAUAGGAAAGAGUUGAACUCUUGAUAUAGCAGUGUUUGAUGCGUAAUGUGACUGUUAUCGGCACUGAGACGACAGCGAAACCCCGUCGUAGAGGCUGACCUUCCUCCACUCUGAUUCUUCGACCGUAGCCCGUAGGACUUGGUUUUAUCUACACAUCGAUUCUCUCACAUUUACAUCUCUCACUUGAGUUUCUGAGCCGUUUACUUUCUGUUUGCAAGUCUCCCAAACUGUCAGUGAUAGGUUUGCUUCAGAUUCAAGCAUCUCCCUAGUUUGUGAGACAGUGCCUUGUAAAAAAAUAUUCAUUCCUCUUGAACUUUUAUCAGAUUGUCUGAAGCUACCAGAAACUUCUUAAUUAGAUUUUUUUUUUUUGACAGAGCAACACAAAAGAAGUGUGUCAGUGUAAAUAGAAGAUAAAUAAGAAAUUAUUUCAUUCAUAAAGUUAUUUUGUAUGAACCUGAAAACAGAAACUGGGAUUAAAUUACACACAUCUGAAUUGUUUACUUAGUAGGUGACUUUUGAAGUCAGUUUCUUUGGAUUUAAUUUGGCAUGUUAGAGUAGUUGGGAUUGAAAGCAAUUCAAUGACACAUUUUUCAGUUUCUGUAAAACCACCUGACUAUUACGUGCCCCUUUGUGUUGGCCAGUACCAUAAAAAUCAGAAGAAAAUUCAUUGAAGUUUGUGGCUGAAAGAAGUUUAAGGAUCUGAAUUCUUUUGCCAGGCAUGUGUACUUGUAGCAGUGACAGAAGGUGAAUGUUGGUUAUGUUUUAUUAGUGUGACUGCAAGAUGGAGGUUUGUCGUCAUUAUGAUUUUCCUCUCAGCCAAGAAAAAGUUCAGACUCAAAGAGUGGAGCAAAGGUUUGCUGAAGCGGUUUCUUUGUCAUGUUGCACUGGGGCCCUGCGAGCCCAAAUGUAAAUGGUUUUUAUGACUUUUUUUAAUUAUUAUUAUUAUUAUUAUUUUAAUAAUAACUUGUAAACUUUAAUAUGUUUGUAUAAAGACACAUUCAUUCCUUUGAGGUUUGGGUAACAGACAUAUUCCAUGUUAUGAAUGUCGUACUGUGUAUCUUUUAUGUAUUGCAACAUUUAAGCACCUGGCUCUAAAGGAGACGUCAGCUAGUAGGAUAUGGAUUGCAUGAAAUGCAGCGAUGUCUCUCAAAUGUAUAGCUAAAUACCAAGUUAUAACUAUGCAUCAUUUAAAAUGCAUUGUUCCCAUGAAUUAAUUAAAAAAAAGAUAGAUGAAAUGAGCACUGAAUUAUAAGAAGGAAAGCACGUUGUUGUCGUUGUACAGUGAAUUUGUUUGACAGAACUGAUCGAAACAAAUUGACAAUAUUCAGAUUUCAAAGCCCUGUAAAGUAUUUUGAUAUUUUUGUGUGCAAGAUUAAAAAGACAACUUUUUUUGUCAAUAAAUGUAUUUUACUGAGUUGUUU